GGCCAGAGGGUAAAGAGGCCCUGGAUGAACUCUAGUCUUUAAGGGCCUGGGAAGGUCAUGCCGUGGGCCUCCCCCCACCCUCAGGCUAUAGAGUCGAAGGGACAGAAGGGCCAUCCUCGCGGCCGAGGCCCCGCCCCCAUCUCGUCGACCGUCCCGCGCCUCCAGCGGAAGCCGGAAGCAAGGACAGGCGGGCCCUGCUAGCCCUGCGGCUCCCAACUCGGUGGUCUUGGAGGCUCCGCAGGAUGGGGGAGAAGAUGGCGGAAGAGGAGUUCCCCAACACAACUCAUGAAGGUUUCAAUGUCACUCUCCACACUACCCUGGUUGUCACUACAAAACUGGUGCUCCCGACCCCUGCCAAGCCCAUCCUCCCUGUGCAGACAGGGGAGCAGGCUCAGCAGGAGGAACAGUCAAGUGGCAUGACCAUUUUCUUCAGCCUCCUCGUCCUAGCUAUCUGCAUCAUAUUGGUGCAUUUACUGAUCCGCUACAGAUUACAUUUCUUGCCAGAGAGUGUUGCUGUUGUUUCUCUAGGUAUUCUCAUGGGAGCAGUUAUAAAAAUUAUAGAGUUUAAAAAACUGGCAAAUUGGAAGGAAGAAGAAAUGUUUCGUCCGAAUAUGUUCUUCCUCCUGUUGCUCCCGCCUAUUAUAUUUGAGUCAGGAUAUUCAUUACACAAGGGUAACUUCUUUCAAAAUAUUGGUUCCAUCACCUUGUUUGCUGUUUUUGGUACAGCAAUUUCCGCUUUUGUAGUAGGUGGAGGAAUUUAUUUUCUGGGUCAGGCUGAUGUAAUCUCUAAACUCAACAUGACAGACAGCUUUGCAUUUGGCUCCCUAAUUUCCGCUGUCGAUCCAGUUGCUACUAUUGCUAUUUUCAAUGCCCUCCAUGUGGACCCAGUGCUCAACAUGCUGGUUUUUGGAGAGAGUAUUCUCAAUGAUGCAGUUUCCAUUGUCCUGACCAACACAGCUGAAGGUUUAACAAGAAAAAAUAUGUCAGAUGUCAGUGGGUGGCAAACAUUUUUACAAGCCCUUGGCUACUUCCUCAAAAUGUUCUUUGGCUCAGCAGCGCUCGGCACUCUCACUGGCUUAAUCUCUGCAUUAGUGCUAAAACACAUCGACCUGAGGAAGACGCCUUCCUUGGAGUUCGGCAUGAUGAUCAUUUUUGCUUAUCUUCCGUAUGGGCUCGCAGAAGGAAUCUCACUCUCUGGCAUCAUGGCCAUCCUGUUCUCAGGCAUCGUGAUGUCCCACUACACACACCAUAACCUGUCCCCGGUCACCCAGAUCCUCAUGCAACAGACCCUCCGGACUGUGGCCUUCUUGUGCGAAACAUGUGUGUUUGCAUUUCUUGGCCUGUCCAUUUUUAGUUUCCCUCACAAGUUUGAAAUUUCCUUUGUCAUCUGGUGCAUAGUGCUUGUACUGUUUGGCAGAGCGGUGAACAUUUUCCCUCUUUCCUACCUCCUGAAUUUCUUCCGUGAUCAUAAAAUCACACCGAAGAUGAUGUUCAUUAUGUGGUUCAGUGGCCUGCGGGGCGCCAUCCCCUACGCCCUGAGCCUGCACCUGGACCUGGAGCCCAUGGAGAAGCGGCAGCUGAUAGGCACCACCACCAUCGUCAUCGUGCUUUUCACCAUCCUGCUGCUGGGGGGCUGCACCAUGCCCCUCAUCCGCCUCAUGGACAUCGAGGACGCCAAGGCACGGCGCCGGAACAAGAAGGACGUCAACCUCAGCAAGACCGAGAAGAUGGGCAACACUGUGGAGUCAGAGCACUUGUCCGAGCUCACCGAGGAGGAAUAUGAGGCCCACUACAUCAGGCGGCAGGAUCUCAAAGGCUUCCUGUGGCUGGACGCCAAGUACCUGAACCCCUUCUUCACACGGCGGCUGACCCAGGAGGACCUCCACCAUGGACGCAUCCAGAUGAAAACCCUCACCAACAAGUGGUAUGAGGAGGUGCGCCAGGGCCCCUCUGGCUCUGAGGACGAUGAGCAGGAGCUGCUGUGACCCAGCAGGGCGCUGCCAUCGGCCCCCCCCCAGGGCUCCCAGGACGACACCCGCAAGGGCCCCCAGGGCGUGUGCAUUUGGCUGCUCUUCAGGGAAGAAGAAAGCAGGGUGAAGCCAAGGCAGUCUUCUUAACCCGGAACGUCUAGGCCCCGGGACCAGCUGGUUUCUUCUGAGACAUGUCCCUCCCCCUCCUCACGGGCCAGACCUCUGCAGACUGCAGGGACCACCUGUCCAGGUAAAUGUUUCCUUUCGCUUCUGCUGUCCAGGCAAAGUCACCCGUCCAGCCGCGGUGCCUGACAGGAGAGCUCCUGCUGUGGAAGCUGUCGUGACUGGGUGUCCUGGGCUCUGGCUUGCAGUUUCUGCCAUUGCCAGCCGCUGCCUUCAUCGCGACCCCAGAAGGCCGAGGCCAGGCCCUUCCCUACUGGAAUGGGUGUGUACCAGCAGGGCGAGGAGCCAGCUGCCAUUUUCCUCCUCAUCAUCAAGGUGCCUCCAGCCUCAGCAGCAGCCAUUCUGACCUGAGUGGCAGGCCCGGCGAUCUGGAAAACCUCACACUCCCCCUUUGUGAUGUUGCUUGCACACCCUGAGAAAGAAAAACUGAGUGACUUUUCUCUUCUUUACCUCUGAUUGGCACCUCGCAGGCUGUCCCCCUGGGUGGCAGGCAGCUACUGCCCUUCUCUGGGAAUACUGUGAAUGUUUACACUGGUACUGACAUGCGGGCACAGGCCCUUCUUUCCAGCCUCACUGGAAGCUGCAUCCCUGUGUCUUUUGGGGUAAAUGAGCCUAUUCUGCAGAGUCAGAGCGCCCUCUGGAGGGAAAAGCUAGAGGUACAGGGCUUAUGCAGGCCAGCAAUUGCUGCCUGAAUUGUUUAAAUUCAUGCACUUGAACAAGUGGUCAGAGCCUACAGUCGUCUCCCUCUCCUUGAUUCCCUACUCUCUGCCCUUGUUUGUCCAGAUGCCCCUUUUCCUGGGCGCCGCGGGGCUCUGCCCACCAUUUACGACUGAUCAGCUUUUCCUCUUUCCCAGUUCUCUACUGUUUUGGGUCCCAUUUGUCCCCCAUGUCAGGGUCACAGCUCACCCAAGCACUAAGGCAGGGGGCCAGAGACUGCCCCCUCCCGAGGUCUCCCUCUCUCCCUCUCUCUCUCUCUCACACACACACACACACCCGCCCCUUCCCUGUGGGCCCAGCCCCUGGGCCAUCUCAGGCUGAGGAGCUUCUGAUCAUGCCCAGAUGGAAGGAGUUACUGCCUCACACCCACCCCCACCCGACCUUUAACAAGCCUUGUACCU